GGCGGCGUUUGACGUCAGUGGGGAGUUAAUUUUAAAUCGGUACAAGAUGGCGGAGGGGGACGAGGCAACGCGAAGGCAGCCGCCGCAACAGGGGCUGAGGCGCCGGCGGCAGACUAGCGACACGAGCGUUGGGGUUAACCACGUCUCGUCCACGACCUCCCUAGGUGAGGAUUUUGAAGAUGAUGACCUAGUAAACUCAGAUGAGGUUAUGAAGAAACCAUGCCCAGUGCAGAUUGUUCUUGCUCAUGAAGAUGACCAUAACUUUGAGCUUGAUGAAGAGGCCUUGGAGCAGAUACUGCUACAGGAGCACAUACGGGAUCUUAACAUAGUCGUGGUCUCUGUGGCAGGAGCUUUUCGUAAAGGGAAAUCAUUUCUCCUGGACUUUAUGCUUAGAUAUAUGUAUAACAAGGAUUCUCAAGGUUGGAUUGGUGGAAACAAUGAACCAUUGACUGGUUUUACGUGGCGAGGUGGUUGUGAAAGAGAAACAACAGGCAUACAAGUUUGGAAUGAAGUAUUUGUGAUUGACAGACCUAAUGGAACAAAAGUGGCUGUGCUGCUAAUGGAUACCCAGGGUGCCUUUGAUAGCCAGUCAACCAUUAAAGACUGUGCGACAGUGUUUGCUCUGAGCACUAUGACUAGCUCUGUCCAGGUAUAUAAUUUAUCCCAGAAUAUUCAAGAAGAUGAUCUUCAACACUUACAAUUAUUUACAGAGUAUGGAAGACUUGCAAUGGAAGAGAUCUAUCAGAAGCCAUUUCAGACGUUAAUGUUUUUGAUUCGAGAUUGGAGUUAUCCUUAUGAACAUUCGUAUGGUUUGGAAGGUGGAAAACAAUUCCUUGAAAAGCGAUUACAGGUAAAACUAAACCAGCAUGAAGAACUACAGAAUGUCAGGAAGCACAUCCACAAUUGUUUCUCAAAUCUGGGUUGCUUCCUUUUACCACAUCCUGGUCUUAAAGUUGCCACAAAUCCUAGUUUUGAUGGACGACUGAAAGAUAUUGAUGAAGAAUUUAAACGGGAGCUUCAAAAUCUGGUUCCAUUACUUCUUGCUCCUGAAAAUCUGGUUGAGAAAGAGAUAAGUGGAUCUAAAGUCACUUGUAGAGAUCUUGUAGAGUAUUUUAAGGCAUACAUUAAAAUAUAUCAAGGAGAGGAACUACCACAUCCAAAGUCUAUGCUUCAGGCAACAGCUGAGGCUAAUAACCUUGCUGCAGUAGCAGGAGCAAGAGACAUCUACUGUAAAAGUAUGGAGCAGGUAUGUGGUGGUGAUAAGCCUUACAUUGCACCUUCAGAUUUGGAGCGAAAACACCUGGAUCUCAAGGAAGUGGCACUUAAGCAGUUCCGUUCUGUGAAGAAAAUGGGUGGAGAUGAAUUCUGCCGUCGGUAUCAGGACCAGCUUGAAGCUGAAAUUGAAGAAACCUAUGCAAAUUUUAUAAAGCACAACGAUGGCAAAAAUAUCUUCUAUGCUGCUCGUACCCCUGCCACACUGUUUGCAGUCAUGUUUGCUAUGUAUAUAAUCUCAGGACUGACUGGCUUCAUUGGCCUAAACUCUAUAGCCGUCUUAUGUAACCUUGUCAUGGGGCUGGCACUGACGUCCCUUUGUACAUGGGCAUAUGUUAAGUACUCUGGGGAGUUCAGAGAAAUUGGAACAAUGAUUGAUCAGAUUGCUGAAACACUCUGGGAACAGAGGAGUCCCAGGAAGGUGUUUUCCAAACUGUUUGAAGUUACUAGACGUCGAAUGGUUCAUCGUGCUCUUUCACCAGCACAGCGACAGAGACUGUCAUCCAACAAUAACAAGAAGAAAAAUUAGACAGUAUUGAAGCCCCUGGGUGAUAAUUUGAUGGAGGAAAACAUAAGGCAGUCUGUAACAAACUCUAUCAAAGCAGGCCUGACUGACCAGGUGUCUCAUCAUGCCCGAUUAAAGACAGACUGACAGUUCAUCUCCUCAUGGACUCCACUCUCCCUUUUUCAUGCUUGCUGUACAAUGAGAACUCAAAAAUAAACCAAAGUUUACAAUCAACUGUAGAAGUAGUUUAGUGUAACUGGCUUCACAGAUGGCUGCCACAGAGUGUGAACAUUGUUGGUUUCUAGCCUUCUUCUGAUGUCUCCUUAGACCUGGAUAUGGCUGAGGAGCAUUAGUUUAUCAUGCACAUUUGUGUCAUGUUUAAUUCUUUUCUUUUUACUGAAUCUAAUGUAGUGAAAUUUGUCUUAUGUAAAAGGAUAUUUCAGGGAAAUACUUUAAGAAAUCUAUUUAGAGUCUCUUUAAUAUAGUAUCCCAUUGAAAUUUUAAUUUUUAGAGAAUUUAUGAAUCACUGUAUCAAGAAUCAGAUCAGAAUGACAAUGAAGCCUUUAUUGAGCCACGACAUUAAAAGUGUAUAUUGCUUUACUGCCUUCCAUGCCAGUAUUACAUAAAUGCAUGUAUCAGAAAUGUCACAGAAAUCACAUGACAACUCUUAGAGCUGAGAAGGUAACUCUGAGGUGUACAAUUGUCUUGCCUUUUAAAAUUUGUAAACCUGCCCUGAAAGGAGAUGCAUAUCUGGGAAACCUAACUGUCUUUUUGCAGUUUAGCCUUCAUGUACAUAAAAUAUGCCGUUAAUUUUAUUGGGGGAGAAAUUCCAUCCAAAAAUGUUGCCUACAGCUAUGAGUUAAGAGUGUCUGUACAGUGUGUAGCUUUUAUUUUCUAAAAAUCACAGGUAGGGCAUGUAUAUGAAUUAUAAAUAUAUAAAUACAAUUUUGUAUUAAAAGUUUUGUAGUUUAUGGAAAAAUCUGGUUCUGUGGUAGGCUAAUGAGUACAGUCCCUGUGAAAGGAAUGUUUGUGGCUCAUGUCAGUGUGAAUGCAUAGACAAUUUGAAGUUUUGAUAUAUUUGUGAUAUUUAUCUUCCUUGAGCAUUGCAAUCUCACCCCAAGGGAAUUCAAUGGGAAUGUUUUAUUGUGACUUGUCCUCUGUUGCAUUUUAAAGUUAUUUCCUGUAAUUUAUUUUCAGUACAUAAUUAAAAAUUUGUUGUAUAUAUAAAAUGAAACUUGUGAUUCUUUUUAAAGGAAUUUCUCAAGUCUGUACCUCAUCAUAUAACUAAUAUUUGUUCAUGCUGAACAGAGUGUAGGUUAGGGUGCACCCAAGUUAGAGCUCAAGGCAUUGUACUUCAAAACUAAGCUUGGGAAAGUUAUUUUUCUGUGUCUGUAGAUGUAAGGACUAUUUGUUGUGAGAGCCUAUCUGCGAUUGAUAAAUUUUUCAUUUUCUUCUUGCCCAUAACUCUACGCACUCCCAUCUUGUGAGUUUGUGUGUUUAAGAGGGAGUGUGUGUUAUGUAAAGCUACUUUUUCCAAUAUUUUUAUAACCUCCUUUACGAAGACCUAUUAAAGCAACCCUGUUUGGUUUUUAAGUAAAGAGAAUUUAAAUGUUGAGUUGCAUGCAUGAAAGGUUUGCUAAAUUUACUUUGAUUGUUAUAUCUUCCUCCGGCUCCCAUUCCAGUCCUGGUUUUAUAUGGCUGUGUUUGUUUCCAUCUGUAGUGACUGCUGCCCACUUAUCCAUCUGUUCUUAACAAAAGAAUCAUCUAACAAGGCUCUUUUUACUUCUCUGACCAUUUUGUUUUAUGAAUGCUGUAAGUUGUUUUUAUGAAUGAAAAAUAAAGUUUGUUGUAUACUA